AUGCUGGUCUCCUUGACCGUCGGAAAGGUCGACGCUGGUGUCGCUGUCCUGUUGACCCAAGACAACCGCCUGAUCGAAUUCCCCUCGGUUCUCCUGCCUAACAAUAUUACCUCCGGAAGCAUCGUUGAUAUUACCGUGGCGCGCAACAAUGCUGCAGAAGCCGCCAGCAUGGCCUCCUUCCAGGGCCUUCAAAAGCGCAUUCUCAACACUUACGGCAUCAAGACCCCUUCACCACCCAUACUGCGGCUCCGCAACGCUACACAAACCUCCCUUGUUCUUGAAUGGGACCCUAUCGACCUGGCCACCGCAUCCCUAAAGACCCUCUCGCUCUACCGCAAUGGCUCCAAGGCUGGUUCUAUUCCCCGGCCUCAUGAGACGCGCAGCACCAAGAUCAGUGGUCUCGCUAUCCACUCUGAAUACACAUUCCAUCUCGUUUUACGCACGACCGCAGGCACAUACCAAUCAGAGAAGUUGACUUGUCGGACACACAAGAUGACAGACCUGUCUGGUAUUACAGUGACCACUGGUAUUCUCAACGACCAGCGGAAGGAUGCUCUCGGUGAGGCUCUUGAUCGCAUUGGCGGAAGGCUCAUCGACUCCGUCAGAAUCGACACUACACACUUUGUCUGCUCGGAGGGCAGAGGCCCACUGUGGGAGAAGGCUGUCGAGAUGAACAUCCCAGUUGUGGUUCCUGAGUGGGUUGACGCUUGCGAGGCAGAGGGCACUAUCGUUAGCGUAAGGGGCUAUUACCUGAACGCCGACCCCAAGACCCGUCAACUUGGACCCAUCCACGGCUCAACGCAGCACCAGCGCACGACUUCCUCUAUAGCCUCUCCAUCGCGCCCGUCUCAGUCUCACUCACAGUCCUUAUCGCUUCCUGCAAGCCAACAAGAAGCAGAUCAAAGUGCCCCUGAAGCGCCGCCAACCCCGUUCCCUGGAGCUGAUAUGAGUGGGCAGCCAAAGGCAGAAGAUGAAGAGAAUGAUUCUUCAAAAGAUUCAGAGACACCGCCGCCUCCACCUCCAAAGGAUGAAGACUCCGAAGCCAGUGAGAUGCGGACAGUAGCAUCGCCAGAGGACAAGCAGGAGGAUGAGCCCAAAACUAACGGAGAAACCAAAUCAGAGUCGGCGCCACUACCUACUGAAGAUACCGAGGAAGAGGACUCGAAAGCACAAGACCUGUCCGAGAAAUCGGAUGAACAAGAUCACGAAAAUGGAGAUGACGAAAAGGAGGAAGAAGGGGAGGAAGAAAAGGAAAUCCUACCCAGUCCUAAAGGAGGUGAAACGGGAAAAUCGAAGGAACAUUCAGGGGAGUCAGAUUUCAAUGAAGUACCUCUCUAA